AUAUGUUCUUUCUGUCCUUCAUGUACUCCGUACAACUCACACCUCUGAGUUACGCUUCUGUUAUCUCUCGUCGGGUUCUACUUUCCCAAUCUGAUUUUUUUCUUUCGGCCUUUCGGGCGGGUUGUAUUUUCUCUUCGUCUACCGGAAAGCUCGGAUUCGGUCUCUCGGAACCUAAACCCCUCUCCUUUUUUUCCUUUUGCCUGAUCUGAGCAAGCAUCUUUUUGAUCCGUCGAUCUGAAGCAUGGAGAGGAUCGUCGGAGGAAAAUUCAAACUCGGACGUAAGAUUGGAAGUGGGUCGUUUGGAGAAAUUUACCUUGCCACACAUAUCGAUACGUUCGAGAUUGUCGCCAUCAAAAUUGAGAAUAAUAAGACCAAGCAUCCUCAGCUUCUUUACGAGGCCAAGUUGUACACUAUUCUCCAGGGAGGAAGUGGUAUUCCCCAUAUAAAAUGGUCUGGAGUGGAUGGAGAGGACAACGCUUUAGUCCUCGAUUUGCUAGGUCCAAGCCUAGAGGAUCUCUUUGUAUACUGUGGUAGAAAGUUUUCAUUGAAGACUGUCUUAAUGCUUGCAGAUCAGAUGAUAUCUAGGAUUGAAUAUGUGCACUCUAAAGGCUUUUUACAUAGAGAUAUCAAACCAGAUAAUUUUCUUAUGGGCCUUGGUCGAAAAGCAAAUCAGGUUUACAUCAUUGAUUUUGGUCUUGCUAAAAGGUAUAGGGACGCAACUACAAAUCGCCACAUACCUUACAGGGAGAACAAAAAUUUAACUGGAACUGCACGUUAUGCAAGCUGUAAUACUCAUCUUGGAAUUGAGCAGAGCCGGCGGGAUGACCUUGAAUCUUUAGGAUAUGUACUUCUUUAUUUCUUGAGAGGGAGCUUACCAUGGCAGGGUCUCAAAGCUGCUACUAAGAAGCAAAAAUAUGAUAAAAUAUGUGAGAAGAAGUUAUCAACUCCUAUUGAGGUCUUGUGCAAGUCUCAUCCGGUAGAGUUUGCCUCAUUUUUCCAUUACUGUCAUUCAAUGACAUUUGAUCAGCGGCCUGACUAUGGUUUUGUGAAACGCCUGUUCAAAGAGCUCUUCACUAGGGAAGGGUAUGAGUUUGAUUACAUAUUUGAUUGGACCAUCCUAAAAUACCAGCAGGCGCAAUCAAGUAGAACACAUCAACGGCCACUGCAUGGAGAGAGCAGCCAGAAAGCUCCGAUGAAUACAGAAAAGCAUCAAGUUGGAAAUUAUUCUCAUUACGCGGCCGAGUUAGCAAAAUCAAGUGUUCCUAUUAGUCCUCAUGCUCGUGCACAGUUCAAGUUGUCUACGAAUAAGCACUUAGCUUCGGGCAAUCUUGAUGCAGUUGAUAGAAGUAUGCUGAGCAAUACAUACAUGGCAUCGACUUCGUUGUCUCCUGCUGUGGUCGGACGAGCCAAUGCAACUAAACCUACUUUACCCACUGAAAACACCAAUGAUGGUCAUGUAAAUGGCGACAGUGCAGGUGCAGGCAGCUGGAUUUCUUCUUUGCGCCGCAUCUCUUCUGCAAAGUGAAAAGCGAAAUGUUAAAUACUAGUUGCUCAAGUUGGGUGCAUUCCUGCUGUAUCACUUAGAAUACGAAAGGAUGGCUAUGAGAGGGUGAUUAAUAAUUUCAUUCUACUUCUUCAAGGCUGUGUUUUGAAGGGGAUGCAUCAAUAGGCGGCAAGCUGGGGCCCGAGAGCAUAUUCCUCUCUAUUCAUCUUGUCAAGGCUCGGGUUAGACUUUUCUUCCUAGACGACUGUGUACGUGGAAUGAAUCACUUUCUGAUUUUUAGGCAACUUGUAGCUUGUGUAAAAUCAAUAAUCUUUGUUUUCAAGGUAUAUUCAUCAUUGCGAACAGAUUUUUGUGUGUGUGCAUAUAGUAGUGAGUAGUGAUAGUUGACUGGCUUUCUCUUUCGCACACUCACUCUCUUUUCUUAGUCUAUGUGGCACAUGUUGUGACUUUUGGGUGAUGUAUGUAAUUUAAGAAAACACAAUUACAAUGCUGUUAUAUUCAUGAUUGUCCGUUCAAUACUGUUAAUUGUGAUAUCCCAGUGAGAUGCUCUUCUUCUUUCAUUAUCAUGUUAGCAAAUGAAGGUCCUGUUCUAAA